UUGGAGCUGCCCUUCUCGCGGAAGUCGCUGGCAAUUCCUCGUUCCUCGUUCCUCGCCAUGACAAAACGAGGGUUUCUGACCCUGGCGCUUGCCCUGUACGACGGGGUACCAGCUGGCUUCCAGCUUUGAGCGGGCUUAGCCUGAGAUGGCUAGAGGCUAUUGGCGCUGGCUCAAUGAAGCCGAACGCGACUAAGACAGCCAAAGACUGCAGCCUUCUGCAGAAGGCGAGCGCUUUGCUGGACCACCGAGAGGCGAACACUUCCAUCCCCUCCGGCAUGAUGAGGAUCCGCAAGGCGGUGGUGGAGAACCGCUGCAACCGACCGGUUUGGCUGUAUGGCUACCAGGAUGGCGUUCCUACUCAUUUGAAGAUCCCAGCCAAGGUGACAGAGGAGUUCACGGAGGAGCGGGGCUUCCUGAUUUGGCGGGAGCAGCGGAUUACUGUGUCCUACGGGAGCUUCUUUGACGGUGAGCUGAGGCCGACAAACCUUGAUGCCGCCGUCAUCGAGCUGAAUGCAGACUACGAGGGCUGGGUGGUGCCGAAGAGCCACGUGAGUUUUUUGGGUCAGCUCGGGUACAGUAAUUUGAACCUUGAGCUGGCCUUCUGGCUGGACAAAAUCAACGGCACCUUGGCGGUGGAGACGCCGGCGAACCCCGCCUGCUUCUCCCGAGCGAAGACCGCCUUCAACGUCUCUGAGUGCAGCUUUCCGGACGGCAGUGGGCAGGUCUUGCUGCGGACCUGGGGGGAGCUCUGUAUGCCUGUGUGCCCUCAUACGGGGGAGGCGACGGAGGUGCCCUGCAACACCAGCUGCUUCGAGGUCCCGGGGACGCCCAUCAAGUACCCCGAGUAUAUCUCCCACAGAUCCCUGGCCUUUAAGCAGGGCCGCUGGGUGCCUUCCCCCGCCACGGUGGACAAGUUUGUGAGGGAGGAUGGCCAGCAAUGGUCUGCUACCUUCGAAUGCUGGGACUUCCAAACAGGCCCAGUGGGGUUCCCGAUCUGCGAUGGCUACGACCCAAAAAAUUGGCCAGAUGAGGUGGGUGUUUGGCAGGUGGUGACCUGCCCGGACGGUGAGAUCGACCCUCCCCCCGUGCCUUACCGGCAGACGGCUUCGAAGCCAUGCGAGAACUUGACGGAGACCUGUAGCGAAGACAUCACGUGGGCUAUGACAGUUGGCAUCUACACAGAGCCUGAGUGGUACCCUGGCCUUACGCCUACCAGCUCAAAGGACGAGUUCCAGCUCUACUUGAGUGAGGUGCUGGGCAGUUGCCCGCCGCCCUGCCAGCCGGGGCCCUACUUCGAGCCCGUGGACGGCGGCGUGGGCCGGGUUUGCCGGGGGCUGACGCCGACGGACAACUCCAACUCCUACUUCACCGUCCGGGUGGCCAACAGCACGGACCAGUGCAAAGCGCUUUGUGUGGACUACCCCGGCUGUAAAGGUAUCGAAUUUGCGCUCUCGGGCCGGUGCGAGAUCUGGCUGCGAGAGGGUGGCAUUGAGGCGAGCAAUGUAGGGGCGGCCUUUGAAUGCUGGCGCUACGUCAACGACGAGGCGGAGCUGAACGUGACCACGACCUUGGCGCCCAACGAGCUGAUGUACUUUGAAGGAUUCGACGGCGUCACACAGGAUCGGGUCUGCCGCGGAGCCAACAGCAACGACAACAGCGCGAGCUAUUACUCGCUGUACUGGGCAUCGACACUGGAGGGCUGCAAGUCUCUGUGCGUGGACGUGACAGGAUGCAAAGGCGUGGAGUACGCCGCAUCCAUCGGGCGCUGCGAGGUGUGGACGAGGCCGGAGGGCAUCCAGGCCGUUCGGGAGCUGGAAAACAACGAAUGCUGGAUUUAUGCGCCACCGGGCACUGGAGUCGGGACCAUCGACGCCUGGUGAGACUUCGCUGACGGCUUCACCUGGUGCAUGUGAAUGUUACGUGCGAACAAAGCGUGCUGGGCCCGACAGAAU